UAGCCGCCACCCCAACCCUCGCGAUCCCGAACUUCUUCUUCUUUGUCCCAGACAAACACUUGAAGUCUCCGGCGCCGCAACCUCCAGUAAGGAUUCGCCUCCACGAGAUCUUCAUCGCCCGGAGCUUCGCCCUCGGUCGCUGUCCUCACCAACCCCGAGUUAUUUCCAUCGGUGCCACCGUAUUCCGUCGCCGAGUUGGAGCAAGAUGCGCAGGAUAAGGCGUCUCGACGUCGAUGCUCCUCGUGGACCGGGACUCCACCGUAGUGCACGGUUCCAGAGCGGCGGGAUGGGGAACAGCCGGCCGGGAGGAGCGCCGCCGACCAGCAGCGGGAGCGUGGCGAGGGGCAACACGGAGGCCGUGUCGGAGGCUCCCCGCUUGCGGCCGCAUGGAGCCCCGGCCGCAUCGGGUUCGGGGAGCCCAGGUCGGAGCACGCCCCUUCCUGGUGAUCGGGAGAGGGGUUCCACUGGGGGAAAUGUGAUGACACCGUCUUAUGACAGGCAGCAGAACAGAGCGGCGGAGGAAGCGCGGCUCGGAGCGUCGAGCUUGGUUAAGAAGACCAGUGUGCCCAAUUCUCUGUCAAGAGGUUCAGAAGGAAUCUCUGGCUCUAGGAUGGGUGCAGAGGAGCAAGUGAUGGGUGAGCAUGCCAGCAACGGGGAUGCCGGCUCUUCCUCCAAGAAGCGGCCAAGAAGAAUGGAUGCAAGAAGCUACAUCAAGAGAUUCAAGACGGGCGUAAGAGUGGGUGCCCCAGAUGUAGUUGUUGCUUACCCUGACAGGAUGGGCAAGGAGAACACUUCAAGCGGGCAUGUGACAGACAGCAACACUGCUAUUCUGUGUGAAGGUGGCACGUUGAUUGAAAAAAGCAAGGGGCAUUCAAGCCAUGCUGCCUGUAAAGUUUCCAAAAGUCCUAUUUCUGGUUUACAUGAAACUUCAGACACAAGAGUUGACCAAUGUUCUACACCGCUUUCAGAGGUACAGCCACAUAAACCUACCGACGUGCAAAAUGUAGCUGCUGAAAGCAGUCUUCCAGCAAAGGAUAGAGAUCCACACACUGGCCCUGCAAGGCAAAACAUUCUACCAUCAUUUCAAAGUGUGCCAAUAUCUACUAUUCAUCACGAAGAGAUUAAGAGCACACUUGGAGAUGCUGAACCUAUUAGCGUUCAAAAAGAAAAUUCAGCUCCAGGACAUCUCCAGGUGGCCCGAUCUGAUGGAACAGAUGGUAACCCCAACAUAUGUGUUGCUUGUGGUCUUGGAUCCCCAGGAACUUUUAGGUCCUGUGAUGGAAAAGGUUGCAAAAGUAGGUACCACAUGUCUUGUCUGGAUCAAUAUUUGUCGCUUGGAAAUUGGUUCUGUACCAGCUGUACGAAAAAGAGGUUGCAGUUUGGCUUACAUCAUAUUGUUGAUGGAAUAGAGUCUGUGUGGGAUGUCAAGGAGGCUGAGGGAAUGCAAACUAGCAAGCAGUAUUUUGUCAAGUAUAAGAAUCUGGCGCAUGUUCAUAACCGUUGGGUUCCAGAAGGUAUUAUUAGUGUCAUGCCUGGAGGUCCUGAUCUUCUUUCCUUGUUUAACAAGAGGAAUCAUACUGAAAAGACAAUUCGGAAGGAGUGGACUAAGCCGCAUCGCCUGUUGAGUAAGAGGCUACUUGUGCCCCCAAGAUUGGCUGAGGAUUUCUUCCGCUCGGAUGAUUUCUUUUGCUCAUCUGGUGUCUCAUAUUGUACUCUUGAAUGGCUAGUGAAAUGGAGGGGUCUUGGCUAUGAUCAUGCAACAUGGGAACUAGAGACUUUAUCCUGUUUAUGUACGCCAGAAGCUGACAAACUUAAAGAGAACUACGAGAACCGCCGUGAAGAUGCAAAACAAUCAUCUAUUCCCCCCAAAACAAAGAUUAAGCAAAGCUCAUUCCAGAAACUUGAGAGCUUGCCAGAUGGGUGCCAUCCUGAUUUUGACAAUGAUCACUUGUAUUCAAUCAAUCACGUUCGAGAGUACUGGCACAAAUCUCGUGGUGCUGUUCUUGUUGAUGAUAAGGAGUAUGUAAUAAAGACCGUGCUAUUCACAAUGUCUGUAUUACCUGACGUCAGCCAACCUUUUCUAAUUCUCACAACUCCUGAUUCUCUGUCCUUAUGGGAGGUUCAGUUCAAUAAGUUGGCACCAUUUGUCAAUGUCGUUGUGUAUGACGGGGGGAAAGAUGAGCUCAAAUUAAUUCGAGAUUUGGAAUUCUAUGAGAGUGGAAGCCGCAGUAUGUUACAGGUUCUCUUAUCCCAUCCUGAUGCUAUCCUAGAGGAUAUUGAACCUAUAGCACACAUUGGUUGGGAAGCAGUCAUAGUUGAUUAUUAUCAAAAGUCAGCUUUACAAUACCUCGAACAACUGAAGCAAUUUCCCACUGAUUUCAGAAUGUUGCUUGUGAGCUCCCCAGUUAAGGAUAAUCUUGCCGAGUAUGUGAAACUUCUAGCAUUCCUUAAUUCUGUAGAGCAAGAAAAUGAGAAUUACGUUGAUACUGCUGAGACCCUUAAGAUGCUGGAAGGAACCUUCAAAAGUCAUAUUGCAUAUGAGCGUCAAUCAGAUUCUUCAAAAAUAUUGGAGUACUGGGUUCCUGCUUAUGUUUCACAACUGCAGCUACAGAUGUAUUGUUCCAUAUUGCUUUCAAGCUCAUCGGUUCUCCAGUCGCAGAUGACAAGUGAUAAAGCUCUUUAUGACAUUAUUAUCUCUCUCUCAAAGUGCUGUGAUGACCCUUACCCUGUUGAUGAAUUCCUGCGGAAUCCUCCUGUCAACAAUCAUGAUCACACUGAUCCUAUAGUUACGAGAGUGCAAGCAUGUGGCAAGCUACUGCUUCUUCAAAAAAUGCUUGAAGCGAUAAGGAACAAGAGGCUAAGAGUCAUUAUUCUUUUUCAACCUGGUGUAGCAGGUGAUAUAUUGGAAGCUGUUGUGCGUCACAAUUUUGGCCCGGAGUCAUAUGAGCGUGUUGAAUUUCGUGGAUCAUUGUCAAAGAAAGCAGUGGCACUUAAUAAGUUCAAUGACAAGACUAAGGGGAGAUUUGUUUUUCUGAUUGAAGCAAGUGCAUGCCUCCCAAGUAUUGAGCUGUCAUCUGUCGAUGCCGUUAUCAUAUAUAAUAGUGACUGGAACCCACUAAAUGAUCAAAAGGCUAUUCAAAGAAUCAAAAUAGAGUCACAAUUUAGGUAUCCAAGCAUUUUUCGCUUAUACACUCCUUUCACAAUGGAGGAGAAGUGUCUUGUGCUUGCAAAACAGGGCAUGCUAAUUGAUACGAAGGAUAUAAUACACAGCAUAAGCCAUUCCUUGAUCAGUUGGGGUGCAUCAUGUCUCUUCACUAGACUUGAUGAGCUUAAGCAUGGCAACUGUGCAAGUAAAAGCUCUGAAAGGGUCAACUUUAUGGAUAAAGUAAUUUCAGAGUUCUUGACAAAAUUAGCCACAAAUGUUGUAGGCAGCACCGAAGUUAACUGCACAUUCAUAUCGGAAGCUAACAUGAGUGGUAAAUUUUACUCAAGAAACAUUACUCUAGUAGGUGAAAAAGAGGAAAUGCGUGCAUUGGAUGGAGACCCAUCUAAGUUCUGGUUAAAUUUACUGGAUGGAAAAUCACCCUCUUGGAGCUAUAUAUCUGAGCCACCACAAUCAAGCCAUGAAAUCUUACAAAACAUGGAAGAACCAGCCAAAGUUCCUGCUGAAGAUGCCAAUGAAAGCAGAAGGAAGCGUAGAAAGGUUGGCAAAAUCACAGGUCCAUCAAAACGGACGCGCACACCCAAGUAUCUUCACGUCCAACUUAAGAAAGAGCUGUCAAAACUAAUUAAGGCCCUACAAUUGCCGGAUGAUGUAAGAGCUAUGGUUGAACAGUUGUUUGAAUAUUUUUUGAAGAAUCAUCUAGUUGCUACAGAGCCAGUGGGCAUGCUGCACGCAUUCAUCAUAGCCUUGUGUUUGCGUGCUGCUUCUGUUCUGAAGUAUAAGAUUAAUUGUGGAGAGUCAAUUGCCCUUGCUGGAAAAAGCUUGAACUGUGAGUGCAAUGAAGAGCUUGCAGAAUUCAUCUAUAAAGGAUUAAGGUUCCCAGAAGAAAAAAAUCCAAAUAGAGAAAUUGAAACUAGGAUCAAUAGUCAACCAGUGUCAGUAGUGGACACCCAAAUCUCAUGUGAGGAGACCUCUACCAACUUGAGAAACAACCAUAUGCUCCAAAAUGAGGAAAUGGAUCAUGGUAAUUUGACGAGUGGUGGACCACAAGAGGCCUCAUCUGGUGCUGAGCGUAUGAUCUCAGAGGAGCAGGAACCUGUUCAAGAAACUCACACAGAAUGUCAUUUGUCAAAUGAUGAGCUUCCUACCAAGAUUGUGGAGAAAAGAACAGAGUUAGUUGACAAUGAUGAUGGACCACAAGAGGCCUCAUCUGGUGCUGAGCGUAUGAUCUCAGAGGGGCAGGAACCUGUUCAAGAAACUCACACGGAAUGUCAUUUGUCAAAUGAUGAGCUUCCUACCAAGAUUGUGGAGAAAAGAACAGAGUUAGUUGACAAUGAUGAUGGCAAUUUCGCAAAUGGUGCACUACAAGAGGUCUCAUCUAAUGCUGAGCAUAUGAUCUCAGAGGUGCAGGAACCUGUUCAAGAAAGUCACGGAGAAUGCCAUUUGUCAAAUGAUGAGCCUCCUAACAUGAUUGUGGAGGAAAGCAAAGAGUUAGUUGACAACAAUCAUAUCAAUUUCACAAAUGGCGCACCACAAGUGGUCUCAUCUGGUGCUGAGCAUAUGAUCUUAGAGGAGCAGGAACCCAUUCAAGAUUUGUCAAAUGAUGACCUUUCUAACAUGAUCACGGAGAAAAGAAUGAAGUUAAUUGACAAUGUUUUCUCCUUGAGAGAAAACAAUAUCCUCUGUAAACAACAGCUUGAGAUAUCUGGUUUAGACACCUACACACAGAACGAAGUUAUGAGACUGAAAGAAGUAUGCAAGUUAAUUCUGGAACAUAUUCGUAGAAGUCACAUUGAUGAAAUGACCAGGAGUGACAUAAUAUUCUGGUUCACUAUGCUUAUGUAUGCAUUUUUAGAGCACAUGAGGCUUCAGCAUAACAAACUCAACACACUGCAAUCUCGUACAUGGUCCGUAGAGCGACAUAUGAAGGAGAAUCUCCACCAGGUAGCAAAAUCAGACCAAUUAGAUCUAGACUUUGGCCGGCAUAUUGCUCUACCAGAUUCGAACUUUGUUAUGGAAGAAUUCAUCCAUUUUAAGGAGCAGAACAAGGGGGCCAUCUCUACUCAGGUAAUGGAAAAUGAGCCAGUUGCAACUUCUGUGGACUCCGGUGAAGGACCAGCAUCAGAAGCUGUUGAUUUACCAGAAAACAGCAUCCGGUGUAGUUCUGAUGACAUGGGUGUACAAAGAGCUGGUUGUUCAUCAAGUACUAUUCCUGCAAAUGAUGAUUUGAUUGGUCAGGAAUCUUCAACUGGUGAGUGUAGAAAUACUGAACAUGCUGAGGCAGACAAUAUUGCUAAUCCAAGUAUGUUGCUGGAAGGAUCAGAUUCUCUGGUUAGAGGACUUAAUGCAAACAAUGAUGACACUGUUGACACAGAUCAAGUCCACUUGGAGUCACCAAGUUUGGCUUCAUCACAAAUCCUCAGAAAUCCCGAUGACAGGAGCCAAACAGGUUGUCAACCCGAUAGAGCAACUGAUCUGUCGCAGGGAGGCACAGCAACUUCUUGCCAUUCAGGUGAGGUCAGAAUGCAAACAAAUGCAAAAAAUGAUGGCAAUGUUGCUGGAGAUCCAAUGCUUUCCGAAUCUCCAACUUAUACUGCACACAGCCCGGCUACCUUACCAGUGUCUGCUGAACUUGGAACUCAGAUUUGCCAAUCAAGUAUGCAUGUGGAACAAAGUGUAAGUGUACCCACUCAACAAAGUUUAGCAACUUGCCAAUCAAGUAUCUAUCAAGUAUGUCUCCUGAACAAAGCUUGCGAUUUGCAGCCUGAAGUGCAACAGUCAACCUCAAUGCAAGAUCAACCUGCAGAAGAACGAGCAUGUAUCUUGGGUGCCACAGCCGCUCAAGCUUCGCAGCCUGAAGUGCAGCCAUCAAUCUCAGCAGCGCAGGAUCAGCCAGCAGAGGCAGAGCGAGCAGGUACCUUGGGUGCCAUAUCAACUCAGGUUUUGCAGCCUGAAAUGCAAUCAUCAACCUCAAUGCAGGGUGUUCAAUUUGUGUCUGGUAUGCCUGUGCUACAAAAUCCGUCUAUCCAUCAAAGUGCAGGAGUAGAGUUAUCAGGGAUGGCGACACCUCAUGCUACACAACCGCCAGCCUCAAUGCCUGCGGAACAGAGUAUGAGACUGCCUGCCCAACAAAGCUUAGUAACUUUGCGCCAUCCAUCAGCAGAAGCAGAACCGGCAGGUAUUCUGGCUACAGAGGCAGCUUGCGAUUUGCAGCCUGAAGUGCGGCUGUCAACCUCAAUGCAGGAUCAACCUGCAGAAGGAGCAUGUAUGUUGGAUACCACAGCUGCUCGAGGUUCGCAGCCUGAAGUGCAACCAUCAACUCCAAUGCAGGAUCAGCCAGCAGAGACAGAGCGAGCAGGUACAUUGGGUGCCAUAUCAGCUCAGGUCUUGCAGCCUGAAAUGCAAUCAUCAACCUCAACGCAAGGCGUUCCAUUUGUGUCUGGUAUGCCUGUGCUACAAAGUCCGUCUGUCCAUCAAAGUGCAGAAGUAGAAUUAUCGGGGAUGGUGACACCUCAUGCUAUACAACCGCCAGCCUCAAUGCCUGCGGAACAGAUUACGUGUCUGCCUGCCCAACAAAGCUUAGUAACUUUGCUCCAUCCACCAGCAGAAGCAGAAGCAGAACCAGCAGGUAUUCUGGCCACAGAGGCAGCUUGCAAUUUGCAGUCUGAAGUGCGACUGUCAACCUCAAUGCAGGAUCAACCUGCAGAAGGAGCGUGUAUGUUGGAUACCACAGCUGCUCGAGGCUCGCAGCCUGAAGUGCAACCACCAACCUCAACGCAGUGUCAUCCGUCUGAAAGGACCCAUGUGUCUGGCAUGCCUGUGCUACAAAGUCAUACUGUCCAUCAGUGUAUAGAACCUUCAUUGGAUUCACAUGCCGGAGCAGAAUCAACAGAUAUGUUGGGUGCGGUGACAGCUCCUGAUCUGCAAUUGGAAAUACAACCAUCAGCCUCGAUUCAUGAUCGACCUGCAGGAGCAGAAGGAGCAGGCACGUUAGGCAGCACGGCAGCCCAGGAUCUGCAGCCUGAACGGCAAUUAUCAACCACAGUUCAGCAUAUCCCACUUGAAAUCGGUCAUGAGCAGCCUACCCAACUUCCCCCAAUCCCGGCAUUAGUGUUUCAUAAUCCAAUACUUAGUGACGAGCCGCUGAAAAAUGAGUUGGAAAAGAUAAUCCAUUGGACCACUUUGCUUGAUAAAGGCCAUGAAGAUAAGAGAUCACAACUUCAGACAGAGCGCAACCAAGAAAUAGAGAAGAUAAACAGGAAGUAUGACUCGUUACUUCAAAAUGAAGAUUCCGCUCAUCGUCAGAAGCGGAUCCAGCUCGAUGUUAUCUACCAGAAAGUUUACGUGAGCAAAUCACUAGCUGAGAAUUUCCGACGGCAGUUCACACCAUCAGUUGCAUCUCCAGGGAGAUCGACGGGCCAUAUAAUGGAUCAGCUACCUGAGUCUUCUUCAGCGUCACAGGGCCCAGCAUCGCUGCCGGUUAUCCCAUCACCAACCGUCAGAGCACAAGUGCAUAAUUCAGCUGGACCCUACGUCCGACCUUCACCGGUGGCAUCACGGCCCGUCCAGUCACAGUCAACCAUGCCUGGCAAUCUCUCUGGAGCAGCGCCAUCGCCUUUUGUUCCAGUGCCUUUGCUACAUGCAAGCAACGGGCCCGGCGGAUCACAGUCGCGCGCCAUCCAGCCACAACCAGUCCCGCCCAGCAUACUCGUCAGAACAAUGGCACCUGCUAUUUUGAUGCCUGGGCCACAGGGCAGCCACGGCAGGCCUGCUGGAGCAGUACAGCUGCGUGCGGCCUCUCCUCAUCUCCAGCACAGGAUGCGGCCGCCACACGGCAUCAUCCACAUGGACUACCAGCAGCAGCAGCAGCUUCCUGUCAUCCCAGGGGUUCCAGCACGGGGACAGUUCGUCCCCGUGUCGACGGAGAGCCUAAGGCCGGCGUUUACGCAGCCAGGCGCCGCCGUGCUAGCCUCCAUGACGACUCCGGCAGGCCCGGCUCACCAACCAACGCUGCCGUCAGCGUCAGGCUCAGGCCCAGCUACCCCGGCGUACAUUGUGCCACCUGGCUGGCAUCCGGAGGCCGUCUGGACUCCGAAUCCCGUUCUCACAUUGGCCCAGCUCCAGCAGCAGGCAUCGUACCUGAACAGGGCCAUGGGCGGCAGCGGCACCUCAGCAGGUCCGGCGGCGCCAGGAGGCCAGCAGCACGCUGGGGGCGCCCAUAUACCUGCCGUCCUCAACCUCCCAGGCUUGGAAGCGUUACCGCCGCCGAGCAACAACCCAUACAUGCCGGCCAGGUUCGGCCUGGAGCCUGGCAGCGGCGGCGGCGGCAACGCAGCAGGCACGGAGGUCGUGUGCCUGUCCGACGACGAAGCUUAGUCGGUGCGCGGCUGAGAGCCGUCGGUCCGUUGUAGGCAGCCUUUUUGAUUGACUUGACUUGUCUGCUGCUGUUUGUCGUGAGCUAGGCAGCGCUUGGAAGCCGGUCUGAAGACUUUAGCAGCAAAAAACAGCAUCCUUGUAGCUGAGAGAUGUAUGGACCCCUGUUGAGAUAGAUGCUGAUAUAUAUGUAUAUAUAUUUAGUAGUAGCAGCAGAUUUAUGAACACCAGUUAGUUGUUUAUAUAAGUGUCGGUUAAUUUAUUUACCGAUUGCCAUUUCAUUUCAUGCGAAUCUGUGUGGGUCCUUUGUUAGCCUGAGAUUUGUCCUUGUGAUCUCUGACAGUCUGAAUAUAAGUAAGUAACAGUAUAUAUAUUUUUAACCUGCUCUCUUGUGUUGAAACCCAAGAGAUGACGGUGGUAUAAGAUGGUUUUAUCUUAAA